CUUGCCAACGACGUAGUACGAAGCAUGAUGAAAGCCAGUCUCUUCCCACUUCUGUUUCUCUCCCUCUCUAAUUCUAUAGCCGCGCAGUCGCAAACUACAACAUCCGUUAAAUGGCAGGCAUCUGGUGGAGUCAGUUGCCCGCAUCCUUCAGUCAACACCAAUUGGCCUACCCCAGCAAGCAGCACGGCGUUUCCUACGGCAUCCGUCAUUCCCGCUAACUCCGUAUUUGAUGGGAAUAUGGUUAUGUACGACCGUCGCGGCAGCGCUGGGGACUGCCAAAAUCAAAAAGAGCAAGACGAGGCUGCUGCCGUCUUUAUUCUUGAGCCUGGUGCCACGCUGAAGAAUGUCAUCAUCGGCCCUGCCCAAGCUGAGGGUAUCCAUUGUCGUGGGCCUUGCACUUUAGAGAAUGUGUGGUGGGAUGACGUCUGUGAGGAUGCCGCAACCUUUUGGGGGGAAGGUCCACGUUAUGUCCGCGGGGGUGGCGCCAGGAAUGCUAGUGAUAAGAUGUUUCAACAUAAUGGGGAGGGCUGGCUGUACAUUGACGGCUUCUAUGCCAACAAGUACGGGAAGUUCUAUCGCUCCUGCGGAAACUGUAGCAAGCAGUACCAGCGUCACGUCGACAUCAAGAACUUUGUUGGUAUACAGGGUGUUGUUUUGGGGGUGAAUCAAAACUACGGAGAUACAGCGACAUUAUCAAACUAUUGUCUUGCCAAGAUCGGUGUUAUUUGUACAAGGUAUAACGGAUGCGAAAAGCCCUGUGAAGCUGAUGAAGUUGGAGAGGGAGCACUUCCCCCGUUUUGUACUAUUAACGGCGACGAUUGGACUUGA